CCCCCCGCCGCCCCCCCGAAUUAAGGCGAAGCUCGAUGGAACAGCCCGGCCCAACCGCCCCCUCACCGCGGGGCUGACCCUACCACUGCGGCGCGGGGGGGAUGGGGGCCGGGGGGCAGUCUUCAUCGGCUCCGCUCUUGCCGAGCCCGCUGCUUUCGCCAGUGAGAUGCCGGGAGGGAAAACAGAACAAAGGAGCAUCCCGAUGAUGGCCCGUGCGGGGAAUAGCGCCCCGCGGAGCUCCCGUUCCAGCUGCUCGGCGUGCCCGUGGGGUGGUACGGCCCGUGCCCCCCCGAGGUGCCGGGCCGCGCGGAGCCCGCCAUAGGCCUAGCCAGCAGUGUGCAAUGCCUCUCUUUGGGAACUCCUUCAGCCCGAAGAAGACCCCCCCCAGGAAAUGGGCCUCGCUGUCCAACCUGCACCUGCUGGAUAGAUCCACCCGUGAGGUUGAGCUGGGCCUGGAAUACGGCACCCCCACAAUGAACCUUGCUGGCCAGAGCCUGAAGUUCGAAAAUGGCCACUGGGUUUCAGAAUCAGGAGGCUUCCUGGGGGAUCGCAGGGAACUGCAGCGCUUGCGCAAACGAAACCAGCAGCUCGAGGAAGAAAACAACCUACUUCGGCUGAAAGUGGACAUUCUGCUGGACAUGCUCUCUGAGACCACUGCCGAGUCCCACCUCAUGGAGAAGGAGCUGGAGGAGCUGAAGCAGCACAGCCGGAGGAAGAAGUGAACAAGAGAUGUCCCGGCUGGUUCUGGGUCUUGGCCCAAGGGAUGCUGGGGCUGGCUCGGGCCUCCCAGCCAUGUUGGUACUGUGUGAGGUACUUUGUUUCACGGGGCCACGAGUGCCGAGAUGCCUCCAGCGUUGUGUGGUGCCGUGGGUACUGCUAAUGGCUGGUUUGGCACCACAGCGCUGUUAAUUAACACGAUUUUCCUCAGAGCACUUUACUUGCUAUGUUUCCUCAGCGCAGCCCAGCACAGGUACCCUCCUCUCUGAGGCAGCCGGACAGCCGGCGGUGGGGCCGAUCCGUCUCCCAGUGAGGGCUCCUGCUCGCCUUCUCUGCUCACCGAAGCGGGGAGACCUCUGCCUCUCCCCCACCGCGGGGAGCCCGCGGGUGCUUGUACAAGCCUCACUGCCUGCCUUGGGCGAGCAGGAUGCUGGAGUUGUUUGCUCUCGAGAGUUUUGCAUAUUUUAUAAAACCUUGCAAUUAAAA